CCGCCCACCGCUCUGUGCUGGGGCUGGUUCCUGAGUGGGCACCGAUCGCGGCGCGCCAUGGCCGGGCUCUUGGCGCUGCUUGGCCCGGCCGGAAGAGUGGGCGCCCGGCUGCGGCCCCCGGCCCCUUGGCUCCUGGGAACCGCCACCUCCUGUGCUCCACCGCUCUGGGCCGUGGCCUUGUCCCGCCCGGGUCCGGACGCCAGGCUGCUCCGCACGGCCCGCGGAGACUGUCUCAGGCUCCAGGACAGCUCACAACUAACCACUGAGCCAGGAAGCGGUGCCACCAGCACAGAGAAAAAGCUAAGCAAAUCCCAGCAGCUGAAGAAGGUUUUCCAAGAAUACGGGGCCGUGGGCGUUUCGCUGCACAUCGGGAUCUCACUGGUCUCCUUGGGGAUAUUUUACACGAUUGUUUCCAGUGGCAUAGACAUGUCUGCAAUCCUGCUUAAGGUCGGCUUUAAGGAGUCACUGGUGCAGUCCAAAAUGGCAGCCGGCACCAGCACGUUCGUGGUGGCCUACGCUGUCCACAAGCUGUUUGCGCCCGUGAGGAUCAGCAUCACCUUGGUCUCCGUGCCCUUCGUCGUCAGAUACUUCCGCAGCGUCGGGCUCUUUAAACCUCCAGCCGCCAAGCCUUGAAGCCGGUUUCUUCUCAUCUGCAGGAUUUGGGUUGUUUGCAAGGUGGUUUUCGGUUUUUUUUUUUGUUG